AUGGCGAAGGCUCCUCAAGAUUUGCAAAUCGCCAUUCUGGGCGCUGGCAUGGGCGGUCUUACCUGUGCCCUUGCUCUUGCCCAGCGUGGUUUCAAGAACAUUGAUGUUUAUGAAAAUGCGCAUGACCUUGGCUUCGUUGGCGCUGGUAUUCAGCUUGCACCUAACAUGGCGCGCGUCCUUGACGGCCUUGGUGUCUGGAAGGGCAUUGAAGCCGAGGCUGUGAACAUUUUAGAUACAUCCGUCCGUGUUGGCGCUGCUAACAGCGAGCUUGCUCACGUUGAUUUGAGAUACGUCGAGGAAACAUAUAAAUACCCCCAUAUGGUCGGUCACCGUGCCUCUUUGGCCAACGGGCUCUACCAAGGCUGCUUGAAAGAGUCUGCUAUCAAGUUCCAUUUCGCUACCACCGCAUCAAACGUCGACUCGUUCGGCCCCCGUCCCUCCUUCACCGCGACACCUCGCGAGGGCGAAGUCGCUUACAAGGUUGAAUGCGAUGUGCUCCUGGGCGCCGAUGGUAUUAAGAGUGAAACUCGUGAGGCCAUGCUCAAGCGCCUGGGCGUCGAGGUUGGCAUUAAAGAUACGCAGCAGGCUGCCUACCGUAUCAUGAUUCACAAGGACCAAAUUAAGGACGACCCUGAGCUGCUCGCUUUGAUUAAUAGUAACACUGUGACUCGCUGGAUUGGUGAGAAGCGCCAUAUCAUCGCCUACCCUGUUUCCAACAACACCAUCUAUAACCUCUCUACCGCCCAGCCAGACACCAACUUCGCCGCUGCUACCAACGGCACCUACACUACUAAGGGCUCCAAGAAAGCCAUGCUGGAGGUGUACUCCGACUUCUGCCCUAUGGUUCAGCGCAUGCUCAACCAUGUCCCUGAAGGCGAGGUCUGCGAGUGGAAGCUGCGUGUUCACGACCCCAUUCCUACCUGGAUUUACGAUCAAACCGCCCUAGUCGGUGACGCUUGCCACCCUACCCUUCCUCACUUGGCUCAGGGUGCCGCGCAGGCAAUUGAGGAUGGUGCUGUCAUUGCCGUGGCUCUGUCCCGUCUUCCCGACACUACCCCCGAGUCUAUUAACAAGGCUCUCCGCGUCUACGAGAAGGUUCGCAAGGUUCGCGCGGAGACACUCGUUGACAUUGCCGCUGCCUCUGGACGUGCCUUGCACCUCGGUGAUGGUGCGGCUAAGGCAGAGCGUGAUCGUCAAUUUGCCGAGCUUAAGAACAAGGGUGGCAAGGGCCCUGUACCAGAUAGGUGGGCCGAUGCUGAUACCCAGCGUCAAAUCUACGGCUUUGACUGCACCAAGAUCACCGAGGAUAACUUCACCGAGUACUUCUCUCAGAUGUAA